AUGGUGCUUCGUUUGAUGCCCACUGGAUUGGCCUUAUUUGAGGGAAUGGUGGUGAACGAGCAAAUCCUCAAACUUCCACUACUGACAAUCCGGGAUGAGCAUCGAAAAUGGAGAAUGCCCACAUCUGGAAUAUUAGCUCCCCAAGAAUAUUCCCUCGGAUUUGUCGAUCUGAACAUUUUCACGUGGAGCAUGUCGAAAAUGCAUAUCAGAACGUCGUGGGGAGCCCUCAUAGUCGCGGCUCAAUGCCGUGUUUUUAUCGGACACGCGGAUCUUCCAGAACAGCCUGAGAAUACCGGAAUUCUCACCGAUUCUUCAACGGGCAGA